GGUACCUACAAGGCAAUAAUCCUUCGAUUAGGUAAACUCAAAUACCUUGAUGGCCUCGCAAACAUUGAACAGUACACCUACACAUAUCAACAGUGACCGCCCAUAUUGAUCAUUACCUUCAAUCCCCCAAGGAAGUAUUUACUUGGGUAUACUUAAUCCGUUACAACAAUGGACGUACUCAAAGAUUAUCUCCCGGCCGCUAAGGGCUAUCUCCCGUAUUAUUUGGUGGUGACCUCCAUUAUCGCAUUUGGAAACGCGCUUCAAAACUAUGUGACCUUGCAUUUUUCGCGACGCCUCUACAACGGUCAAUUCGUGCCAAACCCAUCGCUGCCCCCCAAAUCGGCGGCCUUCAACCCCGAAGACUCUACUCGGAAACUCGUACCGGCUUCUUCGGUGUCCAAUCCCAAGGAAGCCCGUACACAGGACCAAGUCACUCCCCUCGCCGCGAGAUUGUUCGGUACCUACACCGUCGUUUCGGCUAUUGUUCGCAUAUAUGCUGCCUAUAACCUACACCUAGCGCCCAUAUACCAUAUUACUAUCUGGACUUACGUUGUUGCGUUGGCACAUUUUGGCACGGAGUUUGCGGUAUUCAAGACCGCGUAUAUGGGUCCAGUCGCAUCCACCUUCGCCUUUGCUACCGCUGGUAUUAUAUGGAUGACUAGCCAAUACAGCUUUUACGUCGAAGCGUAAGCGAGGGGGUGAGCUGUUUGAAAAGAGACAUAUGGCAAUAUGGCCUCUUAUUUCAUGAUAUGGAUGACGCGCGAGAGAUGAAUA